GGAAACCUGAGGAUGCAGAGCAAGGAAAGGGGGGAAGAGCUGGGGACAUUCCUCGAGGAGAUGGUUGUUUGGAGGAGGGUCCUGGCAAUGCUGCAACGAGGAUGUGGAAGAGAGAGAGAGGAUAAAAUUGGGAAAACAUCAAGAAUACGAGGAAAAGCAGUUGAGCAGCUGGGAUCUGUUACACAAACUGUUAAAGGAGAAUUUGCCUGCAAGCAAGCAGGUAAGGAGAUGGGGGAGCUACAGAAAGCCAUGGGAAGAGAUGCUGCCUCUUACCAAAAAAAAAAAAGCAAAGCUCUUUGGUCCCACUGUCCCAGCCAAUCUUGCCUUCUCCAAGUGGAGCCCGACCAGUUUGGAAGAGAUGACACUGCUUUGAAUGGCAUUCGCCUACAUUGUCAGGAUGACUCCAUAACCAUUGAGUCUUUGGUGGGGGAGUGGGGUUCCUGGACCAGCUUUCAAGUUUGCCCUGGAGGCUACCUGAUCUCCUUUUCACUGAGAACAGAGAAGUCCCAAAGAGCAGGUGAUGACACAGCAGCAAACAACAUCCAGUUCAGAUGCUCAGAUGAAGCUGUGCUGGUAGGUGAUGGACUGUCAUGGGGAAGCUUUGGCCCAUGGACCAACAGCUGCAAGAUAUGUGGUCUCCAGACCAAGGUAGAGCCUCCACAGGGACUUCAGGAUGACACAGCACUCAACAAUGUGAAGUUCUUCUGCUGCAAAUGAGCACUUGCCUCACCUUCAUCACUGCCUGCACAUCCCAUAUCCCACAGCAAGUGAAGUGUCAGUAAAGCUUUGCUCUAGCUUUA